AUGGUUCCGGUUAUGAAUCUGACUUCGUUACGAAUACGCUCGCGUGAACAAUUGAUUAACCAACUGGCGCGGUCGCUGGACGAUGCGCCGGUACUGGAAGCUUUGCGUCAUGUGCCGCGCGAGGCGUUCGUUCCCGAUGAACUCCGCGCAGUGGCCUAUUGCAACGUCCCGCUGGCAAUUGGGCAUGAUCAGACCAUUUCCCAACCGUUGAUGGUGGCAACGUCGGCGUCGGCUUUGCAGCUGCGCGGAGACGAGCAUGUUCUGGAAGUGGGCGCCGGCAGCGGUUAUCAGGCGGCGGUGCUCGCGGAGUUGUUGCCAUUCGGGAUGGUCACCGCGGUAGAGCGCAUACCCGAAUUGGCCACGAUGGCGCACCAAAAUCUCGCCCGAUGCCGCAUCGCCAACGUAGCGGUGCUGUUGGUGGAGCACGCUUUGGGUGCGCCCGAACGCGGGCCGUAUGAUGCAAUCCUGGUGUCCGCUGCAGCCCCCAGCAUUCCGGAUGCUUUGGUCGCCCAACUGAAGCCUGGAGGCAGAAUCGUCGCUCCGGUGGGAGACCGCGAAAAACAAACCCUGGUCAGAUUGACGGUAACUGCGGGCUGCCACCUCAUAGAGUCGUUGGGGCAAUGCCGGUACGUACCGCUGAUCGGGGACGGCGCCUGGCCGUCAGACAACUCAUAG